UAGUAGCUUCAAUGUUCGCAGUAUGUGCAACUGUGGCAAGACUUGUGGACUAUUACUUUUUACGCUUCUGGCGUUGCUAAGCUUUGCUUGCCUUUAUAUAGAGUUCUGGCAAGGUGAACUUGCAAGCUGCGAAACGCCCUUUGUGGAAAUUGGCAGCAGUUGUUAUUUCUUCUCUACGAAUAAAGCGCCAACCUAUGAGUAUUACAAGGUUGCCUACAAGGGUCGCAUUUUUAGCGUGCCAGCUCAGCUCGAUUGGUUGGCUGCUGGUUUUGCAUGCGAAACGCUCGAUCAACGUGCGCAUUUGAUAAGCGUUGAGUCCUUUGAGGAGAAUCAACAGUUGGUCAUAUUUAUGCAGGAACACGCCCACAGCGCCAUGCACACAUAUUUCUGGAGCGCUGGCCAUCGUGGCAGCAUGCUCGAUGGCUUUGCCCCACACACCUUGCAACAUCAUUAUUGGCAUCGCGCUGCCGAGCCCAUGAAUUACACUAAUUUUGCAGUCAACAACUCGCAGCGCUUUUCCCUUGGCCAUUGUUUGUAUUUGGAGCUUAUUGACUGGCAGAUAGUUAUGACUGAAGCUAGUUGUAAGUCCAAAAUGUCCUAUGCCUGCGAGUUUAAGCUUUGACUUUUCUAUGGCUGCACAAAAUAAAAUUAUUUAUUGUCUUUAGCUAUCAACAUUAAUAAUCUUACAUUAUCAAUAUAGACUUAGUGCAAUUUUUAUGUGGCAAUAAGCCCAAAGGUUGUAAUUAACUAUAACCGAUAGAUAAUGUUAUAAAAAAUAGUCAUAAAUUACAACAAAUACCAAGUACGUAGUAAUAGUAGACU